AUGAUCAAGGGUGAUAUCGAGUUACCACAAGAAAGUGAUGAAUUGUAUGAAGAAAAUAUUGAAGCUUGCAUAAAGGGCAUUCAACUAAAGUACACUAGCACAAUUCGGUUUCUCAUAUCCAUAGACCUCUCAAGCAACAAAAUUAUUGGUGAAAUUCCUGAUGUGUUGAUGAACCUCAAAGCAUUAACAAAUUUGAAUCUUUCGAGAAAUGAAUUGAGUGGACAUAUUCCUACAAUGAUCGGAAAUCUAACGUCAAUGGAAUCAUUAGAUUUGUCGAUGAACAAGUUGUCCGGUCCCAUUCCUCCAAGUUUAGCUAGCUUGAACACUCUAGAGUAUUUGAACCUAUCAUUCAAUAAAUUAUCUGGCUCAUUACCAGUUGGAAAUCAUUUCCAAACUUUUGAUGAUCCUACUAUGUAUGAAGGGAACACCGGACUAUGUGGAUUCCCACUAUUGAGUUGUAAAGAAAACAAUUUAUUAGACACUCAUGUUGGUGAUGACAAAGGUGAAAAUGGUUCACAAUGUAUCUCAUGGUUUUAUGUUGGUAUGGCCCCAGGAUUCAUCGUAGGUUUCAUGGGACUUAUUUUUAGCUUGUACUAUAUUCGGAUUUGGAGGGUAAUUUACUUUGAUGUGAUAGAGAAUGUUUACAUUUUUCUAAUGGUUUCAUUUAUAGUGACUUUCGUUCGACUAAAGAGAAAGUUUUUCUAAUGA